AUGGAUUGGGCUAGUAAGAAUUGCUUAAUGUUCUUUGGAUUAAUAGAGACGAGAGUGAAGAAUUGUAAUUUUAAGGGUUGUUUUUACACUUUUUCAAAGCGGUGGCAGUGUUUACAUAAUGGUGAUAUAUCUAAUUCAGGGAGGAUUUGGUCCCUAUGGGAUGUUGAAUAUGUUGAUAUUUCACCUAUCCUUAUCACUGAUCAGCUAAUCCAUGUUAAGGUUAUGGUGAAGAAUACAAUCUUGGUUUUUGAGGCUACGGUGGUAUAUGGAGCAAAUUUUGAACCUGACAGGAGGGACUUGUGGUCGAACCUAAGGAGUCUUCGUGCUAAUAUUGCUCAUCCUUGGGUUACACUUGGGGAUUUUAAUUCCAUUUGUCAUCCAUCGGAGAAAUUGGGGGGUAGGCCUGUCACUUAUAACAUGAUGCAACCCCUAGCUGAUUUUUUUCAAAACCCUGCUGUUUCGGAUCACAGCCCCAUGGUGGUGACAUUGGAGGAGGUACCGGCUCGUAGGGGAAGAAGGUUUUAUUUCUUUAAUCAUUGGGCUGAUCAUGUGGACUUCUUGCCUUUGGUUGUUGAGGUGUGGCGGCAGCCUACUACCAGUACACCUAUCUUUGCAUUGAUGUACAGACUGAAACUGCUUAAACGACGCUUGAAGUUUUGGAGUAGAAGGACCAACCACAGCCUGGACAAACGUGUUGACGAGCUUUCUUGUGAAUUAGAUCAGUUACAAAGCAGGUUGAACACUGUUGAUACGGAUCCUGAUGUGAUGGAGCAAGAGAAGCAGUGUUCUUUCUCGCUUCGACGCCUUCUCAAUGUUAGAGAAUCAGAAUUGCGCCAGAAGGCUAGGGUUCGGUGGCUGAAUCUUGGUGACAGCAAUACGGAUUUUUUUCAUAGGGCCUUGAAAUCUAGGAGCAGAAAUCAGAUUGUCUCUAUCCAUUCUGCGGAUGGUGUCCUCCUGCAGGAUGAGGAAUCUAUCCGUUUUGAGGCUGCUAGACAUUUUGAAUCUGCCUUUAUGGGAUCUCCACAGGUUGUAUGUGAGCCCUUUGACCUCCCUGUAGAUCGAUCACUUGAUUCUUUUGAAGCUGACUUGCUUGCUAAGGAUUUUACAAGAGAGGAGAUAAAGGCGGUGGUCUUCUCAGCAAAUGAUGAUAGUUCUCCAGGGACUGAUGGUUUUGGGGCAUGUUUUUUUAAGAAGGCUUGGUGCAUUAUUGGUAAUGAUGUUUGUGAUGCAAUCUGGGAUUUCUUCAAUAACCUGAACAUUCCAGAUCAGGUUAAGCUGUCAAGGUUGACUCUUGUGCCUAAAGGGGAUUUGCAAGUCACAUUCAAUGAUUUUUGGCCAAUUGCGCUUUUGCAUGGGUACCAUGUUAACAAGGGUAUGCCGCGUUUUGCUGCUAAAUUAGAUUUGAGGAAGGCUUAUGAUUCUGUCCAAUGGAGUUUCCUCUUCACUCUCUUAUACAAGUUGAACUUUUCUCCUUCUUUUAUUAACUGGAUCUCGAGGUGCAUUGUUAAUCCUGGUUAUGUAGUUUUCUUGAACGGUGCUCAAUCUCCUAAAUUCUCUGCCAAUAGAGGAUUGAGAUAG